CUUUAGUAUAAUUUCACAUACUUACCUUUCUAAAAUUAUUUGGUUCAUUUUCAUAUGAUCUUUCAUAUGAUGUAUUUUUUUUUUUUUUAAUAUUUGCAUUUAUACUCGUCGUUAUUAAUUUUAUAAAUUUUUUUUAUUUAUUUACAAAUAUUAAUUUGGAAGAAAUUUAAGAUAAUAAAAAAUUCAAGAUGUCAAAGAUAUGAAGUUAGUGUGAAUUACAUGAAAUAUGUACAUAUCCAAAUAUGUAUAAUAUAUGUGUUGUAUCAUCUUGCAUGAUUUUAUAUCGUUGCACAUGCGUAAAAUUCACCUGAUGCCAAUGAAAAAUUGAUAUUGUUCGAAAUUUUAACGCAAAAACUUCGACUAUUCUGUCAGUAGUUAAUAAUGAAAUCUUGAAUCUGAUGGAUCUUAAAUAAUAUUUAUUUAUUGCUCCGGUGCUUUUGAAAGAAUUUGAACCAAUUUUGAAAGAAUGAAGAUUAUUUGGAUAAUUGGUGGACCAGGAUGUGGAAAAGGAACACAAUGUAAACGAAUUAUUGAAAAAUAUGGAUUUUAUCAUAUAAGCAGUGGUGAUCUAUUACGAGAGGAAGUUGCUCGUGGUAGUGCUCGAGAUGCUUUUCUACAGGAAACAAUGUCUAAAGGUUUAUUUGUCUCAACGGAUAUUGUAUUGGAUCUGAUAAAGGAACGAAUGCAAAAAAUUAAACAAGAAAAAAAGACAGAAGCUGGAUUUCUUAUUGACGGAUAUCCCCGUGAAUUGGGUCAAGCUCUUCUUUUUGAAAAGAACGUGUGUCCUGUUGACUUAAUUAUUUUCUUUGAUGCUUCAAACGAAGUAUUAGAGAAAAGAUUAUUAGGACGUGCAGAAAUCUUAAACAGAGUUGACGAUAAUGAAGAAACGAUUAAAAACAGAAUCAAACUAUUUAAUAUGAACAGACAUAUAGAAAUCAUUAAUCAUUAUAAAGAAAAAGUUGUAAACAUCGAUGCUAAUGGCAAUGCAGAUGAAAUAUUUAAUGAAGUUUCAAAAGUAAUUGAUAUUUUGUUAAAUAAAUCUUAAAUCAUGUCAAAUAUAAAUGUAGAUCUUCACUUAAAUCAUCUAAUCAUUUAAAAUUAUAUUAAUCACUUUAAAGUUCUACAAUGGAUGAUUCUAUGAUCUUGAUAUAUCAAAAUGAUUAAAUCAAGAAAUUUAUUUAGUAUAAAUUUAUAAAAAAUUUAUUUUAACAAAGUCUAACAAAUUCUAAUAUAUGAUUAAUGUAAUAAUGAUGUAUAUUAUGUUGUAAAUGAAUAUUGAAUAUCUGAAAUAUUGAAUCUGUUAUUAAUAAUAUAUUAUAAACAAUAUACAUCUACUUAUUGAAAAUCAUUAUAAUUAAAUAUCAUUACUUCAA